AUGUCCCCCAAUCCAUGUGCAUCCGAACGGGUGAACGGGGUUCAGGCCGAGUUCAGUGUUCCGCAUGUAAAUGAAACUCUGCCCGUGCACAGCGCUUUUGCCCUUGGCCCGAGACUCCCUUGGUCCAACCUUGGAGGACUCCCUGUAAUCGUAAAUCCUGUGAUUGGUGAGGAUUUCUGCCGCCGUCACAUGCCGCGUAUUGCCAUUACCGCCCUCCUUCCAGGUGUCGUUCUCGAUCGAGAGGAGUAUGGCAAGGGGUCAAGCACCUUGGUAUAA